CACUUCUGUCGUCCUCCACAGAUCAGUUAACACGUUCGCAGAGUCUACUCUCUAUAAAUAUAUAAUGAAUAUCUACUCACCUGCACGCCAAUCAUCUUUCUGAAUUCUCGGUAGAAAGAAGAAGAAAAAGAAAAUGGUGUCCCACUCGAUUGAUUUGUUGAAGCAGGAGCUUCCUGUUGAACAAGAUUCUUUGCUUCUCAAUGGCGAUGUUAAGACCGGACUUGUUCUUGUCGAUAUUGUUAAUGGUUUCUGUACCGUCGGCGCUGGCAAUUUGGCCCCAAAACAGCCUGACAAUCAAAUUUCUACGAUGGUUGAGGAGUCUGUGAGGCUUGCGAGAGCUUUCUGUGAUAAGAAAUGGCCAGUUUUUGCUUUUCUUGAUUCUCAUCAUCCUGACAUUCCGGAGCACCCUUACCCUCCUCACUGUAUUGCGGGAACCGAUGAGGCAAGACUUGUUCCAGAACUGCAAUGGUUGGAGAAUGAAGCUAAUGCAACGGUUAGGCGCAAGGAUUGCAUCGAUGGGUUCCUGGGUUCCAUUGAGAAAGAUGGCUCCAAUGUGUUUGUUGAUUGGAUUAAGAAGAAUCAAAUUAAAAUUAUUCUGGUCGUUGGGAUAUGCACAGAUAUAUGUGUGCUGGAUUUUGUUUGUUCAGCACUAUCUGCCAGAAAUCGGGGGUUUCUUGCUCCUCUAGAGGAUGUGAUUAUCUUCUCUCAAGCUUGUGCUACUUUUGAUCUUCCACUUCAUGUUGCCAGAGCUGCCAAAGGUGCUAUAGCACAUCCACAGGAUCUGAUGCAUCACAUAGGUUUGUACAUGGCCAAGGGAAGGGGAGCCAAGGUAGUCUCAGAGGUGUCUUUUGGUGCACUGUAACAAUCCAUCACUAGCCCAUCCAUGACAGCCGCCAGCAAGGCUUCCUUUCUUAUGGGAAGAUACGAUUUUGUAAAUAGAUCCUCUUUAGAUGUUGGUUUUGUUUUAACUGUAUUCUAAGAAUAAGGUUUCUGAUAUAAGGUAUUGUAAAGUGCUCUUUUUAUUUCUAUUCUGUGCAGUUCCAAUUUAUCAGAAAAGGGGAAAAACUUUGUGUAAUGUGUAAUUCUUGCACUUCUUGUAUCUCAUAGACAACAAGGUACUCAAUUAAAACAUAUUUUCCAU